GACUGGGCCGGGAAGAGCCCAAGGCGGAGGAGGAGGAGGAGGCGGAGAAGGAGGUGGAGGCGGCAGCGGAGGCGGGGCGACUCCGUUGACCGAGCUCCGCAGACUGGCAGCUGCGGCGACUCCCCCCUUUGUGUCUGGUCUGCUAGGAGCCACUGGAAGUGCUUCCCGGAGGGGUGCUGGGUGUCUCGCCGCCUCAGUGUCCACCUCCCCUUCCCAGCCAUCUACAUCCGCUCUACUGCCGUCCCCCGCCCUCGGCCCCCGACGCCCGAGCUCCUCCCGGAGCUCAGAACUGGGGGAGAACGAGGCGGCAGUGGCUUCCUUUAAAGGGGGGUGGGUGGGAGGGUUGUGGUUCGCCUACGGGAGCCAUUGACGGGAGAAGACGAGGCUUUCAUGGUGGAAUUUACCUCAAGAGAGAUCGAGUGGUAGCAAUAAAAAAAGAAAGAGGAGCGCACCCGGGAGGGGUAGAAAGGGCAGCCUCCUCCUGGCACCUCUCCUCCCUCCGCUGUCUCUGGGAGCACAGGGCCCAGCCUGCAGACCCUUCCCCUCCCCCGCUUCCCACUGCCCCUGAGCCCGCCGGAGAGACCCUCACAGGAUCGUUCCAGGAAGGCGUGGAGGCUGUGGGUUUGUCCAUGGAGACAGACACCUUUUUUGAUCCGUUGGAGGAAGAGAAUUUGGUGUUCUCGAAAUUGGAGUGAAGGAAGCACCGAAGCGAAACUCAAAGGAAUCCUGCCCCCCUGAAGUCACGGGCUGUGCGUCUCGGGCUGCCGGGAGCUGGAGCCGCCGCUGCCGCUCGCCGGGCUUCGCCUUUCCCGGCAGUCGGGAACUAGUUCUGAUCUUCGGCUCCUCCAUCGAAUCCCUGCUCUACACCCCUCUGCACCCUGGAUAUGUUUUCUCCUAGACCUGGAUAUUUUUUUGAUAUCGUGAAACUACGAGGGAAAUAACUGCGGGGCUUGCUUCUUGUCUCCCUGCUUCUCCCCACGGAUAUGCCUUCAGUUUGCGGGGCUGAGGCACCCGGUCCUAGGCGAAUGAACCCUCCAAGCCGCGUGGGAGAGAAAUGAAGGGAAUUCCUACAGCGGAAUGAAAGCUCUGCAGCUUGGUCCUCUCAUUUGCCAGUUGUCCUUUCAAACUGCAUUGUAAUACGGCCGGGUAAGUCGGACGGGAAAGAAGGCAAGCCUCCCGGCCGUGUUUCUCCGCCUGUGUUUACUUUCCAUAUUUCUUUUCUCUGCUCUCCUGCUUCUUGGCUGAACCAGGGAUGACUUCUUUGCUGCAGCGGCCCCGGCGGGUGCCCUCUCUACUGUGGACCGUCCUGUUGGUCAGCACUACGGCCGCUUCUCAGAAUCAAGAACGUCUAUGUGCAUUUAAAGAUCCUUAUCAAGACCUUGGGAUAGGUGAGAGUCGAAUCUCUCAUGAAAAUGGAACCAUAUUGUGCUCAAAAGGUAGCACCUGCUAUGGUCUCUGGGAAAAAUCAAAAGGGGACAUAAAUCUUGUAAAACAAGGAUGUUGGUCUCACAUUGGAGAUCCCCAGGAGUGUCACUAUGAAGAAUGCGUAGUAACUACCACUCCUCCCUCAAUUCAGAAUGGAACAUAUCGUUUCUGCUGCUGUAGCACAGACUUGUGUAAUGUCAACUUUACUGAGAAUUUUCCACCUCCAGAUACAACACCACUAAGUCCGCCUCAUUCAUUUAACCGAGAUGAGACAAUAAUCAUUGCUUUAGCAUCAGUCUCUGUAUUAGCUGUUUUGAUAGUUGCCUUAUACUUUGGAUACAGAAUGCUGACAGGAGACCGCAAACAAGGUCUUCACAGUAUGAACAUGAUGGAGGCAGCAGCAUCAGAGCCCUCUCUUGACCUAGAUAAUCUGAAACUUUUGGAGCUGAUUGGCCGGGGUCGAUAUGGAGCAGUAUAUAAAGGUUCCUUAGAUGAGCGUCCUGUUGCUGUAAAAGUGUUUUCCUUUGCAAACCGUCAGAAUUUUAUCAAUGAGAAGAACAUUUACAGAGUGCCUUUGAUGGAACAUGAUAGCAUUGCUCGCUUUAUAGUUGGAGAUGAGAGAGUGACUGCAGAUGGACGCAUGGAGUAUUUGCUUGUGAUGGAGUAUUAUCCCAAUGGAUCUCUAUGCAAGUAUCUUAGUCUCCAUACAAGUGACUGGGUAAGCUCUUGCCGUCUGGCUCAUUCUGUGACUAGAGGACUGGCUUAUCUUCAUACAGAAUUACCUCGAGGAGAUCAUUAUAAACCUGCAAUUUCCCAUCGAGAUUUAAACAGCAGAAAUGUUCUGGUGAAAAAUGAUGGAACCUGUGUUAUCAGUGACUUUGGGUUGUCCAUGAGGCUGACUGGAAAUAGACUGGUGCGCCCAGGGGAAGAAGAUAAUGCAGCCAUAAGUGAGGUUGGCACAAUCAGAUAUAUGGCACCAGAAGUUCUAGAAGGAGCUGUGAACCUGAGGGACUGUGAAUCAGCUUUGAAACAAGUAGACAUGUAUGCUCUUGGACUAAUCUAUUGGGAGAUAUUUAUGAGAUGCACAGACCUCUUCCCGGGUGAAUCUGUACCAGAAUACCAGAUGGCUUUUCAGACAGAAGUUGGAAACCAUCCCACAUUUGAAGAUAUGCAGGUUCUGGUGUCUAGGGAAAAACAGAGACCUAAGUUCCCAGAAGCUUGGAAAGAAAACAGCCUGGCAGUGAGAUCACUCAAGGAGACAAUAGAAGACUGUUGGGACCAGGAUGCAGAGGCUCGGCUUACUGCACAGUGUGCUGAGGAGAGGAUGGCCGAACUUAUGAUGAUAUGGGAAAGAAACAAAUCAGUGAGCCCAACAGUCAAUCCAAUGUCUACUGCUAUGCAGAAUGAGCGCAACCUUUCACAUAAUAGGCGUGUGCCAAAGAUUGGCCCUUAUCCAGAUUAUUCUUCUUCCUCAUACAUUGAAGACUCCAUCCAUCACACUGACAGCAUUGUGAAGAAUAUUUCCUCUGAGCAUUCAAUGUCCAGCACACCUUUGACUACAGGGGAAAAGAACCGAAAUUCAAUUAACUAUGAACGACAGCAAGCACAAGCUCGAAUCCCCAGCCCUGAAACAAGUGUCACCAGCCUGUCCACCAACACAACCACCACAAACACUACUGGCCUCACUCCAAGCACUGGCAUGACCACUAUAUCUGAGAUGCCAUACCCAGAUGAAACAAAUCUUCAUGCCACAAAUAUUUCACAGCCAACCCCUGUCUGCUUACAGCUGACAGAAGAAGACUUAGAGACCAAUAAGCUAGACCCAAAAGAAGUUGAUAAGAACCUCAAGGAAAGUUCUGAUGAGAAUCUUAUGGAGCAUUCUCUUAAACAGUUCAGUGGGCCAGACCCACUGAGCAGUACUAGUUCUAGCUUGCUUUACCCACUAAUAAAGCUUGCAGUAGAAGUGACUGGACAACAGGACUUCACACAGGCUGCCAAUGGCCAAGCAUGUUUAAUUCCUGAUGUCCCACCUGCUCAGCUCUAUCCUCUCCCCAAGCAACAGAACCUUCCUAAGAGACCUACUAGUUUGCCUUUAAACACCAAAAAUUCAACAAAGGAGCCCCGUCUGAAAUUUGGCAGCAAGCACAAAUCCAAUUUGAAGCAAGUAGAAACUGGAGUUGCUAAGAUGAAUACAAUUAAUGCUGUAGAACCUCAUGUGGUUACAGUCACCAUGAAUGGUGUGGCAGGUAGAAACCACAGUGUUAACUCCCAUGCUGCCACUGCUCAGUAUGCCAAUGGGGCAGUACCAUCUGGCCAGACUGCCAACACAGUGGCACUUAGGGCCCAAGAAAUGCUGCAGAAUCAAUUUAUUGGUGAGGAUACCAGGUUGAAUAUUAACUCCAGUCCUGAUGAGCAUGAACCUUUAUUGAGGCGAGAGCAACAGGCUGGCCAUGAUGAAGGUGUUCUGGAUCGUCUUGUGGACAGGAGGGAACGUCCACUGGAAGGUGGCCGAACUAAUUCUAAUAACAACAACAGUAAUCCAUGUUUAGAGCAAGAUGUUCUUGCACAGGGUGUUCCAAGCACAGUAGCAGAUCCUGGACCAUCAAAACCCAGAAGAGCACAGAGGCCUAAUUCUUUGGAUCUUUCAGCCACAAAUGUCCUUGAUGACAGUGGUUUGCAAUGUGAGUCAACACAAGAUGGUAAAACAGGAUCUGGUGAAAAGAUCAAGAAACGUGUGAAAACUCCUUAUUCUCUGAAGCGGUGGCGCCCUUCCACCUGGGUUAUCUCCACUGAACAACUGGACUGUGAGGUCAACAACAAUGGCAGUGACAGAGCAGUUCAUUCCAAAUCUAGUACCGCUGUUUACCUUGCAGAAGGAGGCACUGCUACAACCAUGGUGUCUAAAGAUAUAGGAAUGAACUGUCUGUGAAAUGUUUUCAGGCCUAUGGAGUAAAAUUAUUUUUUGCAUCAUUUAAACAUGCAGAAGACUUUUUUUUUAAACUGCUUUAUCUUUCUGUCAGUACCCCCUCCCACCCCUACAAUAAUGACUUGCUUUAAAUAGAUUUCAGCUAUGCAGAAAAUUUAGCUUAUGCUUCCAUAUUUUUUAAUUUUGUUUUUUUAAGUUUUGCACUUUUGUUUAGUCUUGCUAAAGUUAUAUUUGUCUGUUAUGACCACAGAAUUAUAUGUGUGUGUAUCAAAAGUGGUCUCAAAAUAUUUUUUUAAGAAAAAAAGCAAAAACAAUGUAUUACUGAUAAUCAGUUUGAAAUAAUUUCUAAAGGUCAUUAAAAUAGAAGCAGAUUAAGACAGGUUUGACUUCAGUGGUGUCUGGUAUCCAUAUUUUAUUUCUGGGCACAAUUAGUUUAUUUUGUAUGUUGAUAUGUUCCUAACAUAUUAUCUGUUGGACAUUCUUUUCCCUGGUGUUUGUUUGAAUGUGCAAUAGUCUGUAGGCCAUAAAUAAGCUUUCUUGUAAGCUCUCUUUCUAAUAGAGUACACAUUCUUCCAAAAUAUGAACAUUUUUCUCCUCCAUACUUCUAUCAGGUCUGCUCUAUGACAGUGAAUUUUGAGGAAGAGAAACCUGAUUUUUUGCUUCUUCUCUCCUUAUGAAAAAUGCAGAAACAAUGUCUCAAAGGGCUGUAAAGAUGGAACUACCAAACCUAAUCUGAAAUGCUUUUAACCUUCCAAAUCCUAAACAUUUCCUUCCAGGAAUUUUAAUAAACAUACUUGGUUCUGGUUUUGGAGGUUCUUAAGAGAGCAUAGAACAAAGUAGAAGUCAAAUAUUAACCUUUUUUCUUUUCUUUUAUUUUUAUAUGUAUGUUAUAUUUCAUUUUCAUUUAUUUAAGAAGCACAUUUUUAUCAGAAAACUUAUAUAGUUAUAUGGAAUUUUUAAGUAGGUAGAUGGUUAAGGCAAUAUAGUGUUAUAUUCUUUAUUCUCUGAAUAAGCAGUCAUUGACUCAAAUAAAAUGACAUUUUCUGUUUGAAAUAACUUCAAAAAUAAUCCAUAGUUUUGAACCUGUAGUGUCUUUAUAUCCUCUUCCCAAGCAAAGCCUUGUGACUGUCUGAAAAAGAUUCCUCUCCUCUUCCCAUGACCUCAAACACUGUGUGGAAAAAAUCAUUCAACUGGCAUGCCAAAUCCCUGUGAAAGGAAGGAUUGCUGCCUAACCUAUCAUCUUUGAGCAGCUAGAGACUUACCUCUCUCUUUUCAAAACUGUUUUGUUACUACUUCUAUUUUCAUAAUUUCUCCUUUUGCCAAUUUUCACAUCAUUUUUGCUAUAUGAGCAGCAUUUAUUAUUUAUAUUGGAAUAUACCUUUUAGUGAUAACGUAUCUUUCAAAUCAUACUUUUUUUAAAGCUUCUUUUGCUUCUUCAUUACUCAUAAUCAUCUCUAAAACAACCACCUCUGCAUGUUUUUUUUAAUAAAGCACUUUAUGUCAAAUAAGGGACUUUUUUUAUAAGCACAAAUUAUUUUCUAUCAAUUUGCAAACAGUGAUAAUCUUAUUUUUUACACAUUCUUGGAGUACUUAGUACUCAUUAUCUAAUUAAGUUCUAGGACUUCUCCGGGGGAUAAAAAGCUAAGAGAAAAACAAAAAUCCCCUGAAAAAUAUUUUCUUACUCAUAUUCCUCUGUCAUCAUUUAGUUAAAAACAGCCUAUAUUUCCAAAUUUGCUGUUCAAAAUACUUAGGAUUUAUAUAUAAGCCGUCUUUUGUUUGCCAUUUACUAUGAUCUUGAGUUAGAUAUUAUAGCACUUAGCUUUUUAUUCAGCUAAAUUGCUGAACAGAGUUUUGAAUUCUUAGCUAAGAUUCUUUUGUUAAUGCCCAGUAUUUCCACCUUUUAUGUUUCAUUAAACCUUAUUUUGUUUCAGACCUUUAAUAUAUGUUCAGUCUUCUGGCAUAAAAUGUUUUACAUUUAGUUAACUAUUGUAUCACAUAACAAAUUAUUCAUAUCUUUCCCAGUAAAUUUUCUCUUAGUUUCCUUGACUUUUAAUUGUAUUUCAGAACAUUAUUUUCAAAUGUCUAUAGGACAUCUUCGAAUAAAAAUAAAUGAUAGUCCUUCUUCAAAUAGAAGCAUUGAGGGUAAGUGACCACUUGAGGUCUAAUUUUUUUUCCUCACAGAGGAAGAGUUAUCUUUCAUUCCACUAUACUUUGUGUUUGGGCCAGUUGAUCUUAAGUUUUCCAACAUUUUUUGAUGUUUAGUAAUAAAAUACUUUUAAAAGUUAAUAAACCAAAUUCGAAGAACUCCUUAUAGCGUCCCAUUUAAUGCAAGAAUGUUUAAAAUAAAUAAUUUCCUUCCCCAGUUUUUUAGUAGACUCUUACAAAAAGUAGUAGAAAGUGUAGAUCAUUUUAAUAAAUUUUAAAUUGUACAUCAGACUGAUUUACUUUUAGAAUCUGUUUAUAAUAUACAAGCAAGCAAAACUACUUAAAAUACUUGCCAAUUUUAUCCAUUUAAUAAUAAAUGUUUCUUAAAGCUAAUAAUUUAUAACUGCUAAUCACAGUAUCUUGCAUGUGUAAAAAUGUGAUUACUUUCAAAUAAAAGGCUAUAAAAGAAAAAUAUUAAAUUCAUUUGUAAGAGAGUAUUACAACCUUAAAAGCAUAAUAAUAGAUAAUCAAAGUCUAAUAUUCCCUUAACUAUUGUACUUGUAUACCACAACUAAGCUAUUGAAAAAAUUUGAUUUGAAUUGUGUAUAGACAAAAAUGAUUUAAUUCGUCCUAAAAACAUUUCCCAUUUUUAAAUGCAUAAUUGGGGAGGACCCUGAUAUCAUAAAAAUGUUUUGGGAGGGUGCAGGAGUGAAAUACACUAAUUGACCAUUUGUUGUAUGCUGAGUGUUGGGUUAUACAAACACUAUCUUUUAGUCUUCAUAGCAACCAUGUAAGGAUUAUAGCCCCCUUUACUGAUGAGUAAACAGAAGCAAGGAGAAACUAAGCAGUUUGCCCUAGAUCAACAUCUGGUAACAGACAAAGAUGGAUUGUAACUUAGGUGUGCCUCUUUCCACAUCUCUCAUCCAUACCAUGUAAGCUACAUACUGUAUGACAGGAUGUAUAAUAUACUGACAUUUUGUAAGAAAUCUAGUCAUAACUCCAGCACAACUGUGGCUUGUAUAUAAGCCAAAUCUAGAUACCUUAAUGACUUUAAAAGUUAGGCAGCCAUAGAAAGUGUAUAGAUUUAUCUAUGCUGUUUGUUGCUUGAGAAAUAAUUACUAAUUUAAGAUAAAAUUCAAUCCCAUAUCUGUCAUCAUGAUCUUAAAAUCAUUCACUUCUCUUCAUUCGUAACAUUCUUAUAUUGAAUAACUAAGGUAAAGUAAAUGUUAAGGGUAAAGUGAAGGUGGCUUAUUGGAAAAGAGAUUUUUUUUCAUAAAUCGAUUCUGUACUUGAUUUGGAGGAAUUAAUUUAACAUGGACUUUUAGUUUCAUCAAUCCUUUGACUCUAUCUUGAAAAUUUCUGCUUUUAGUGACUUGAAAAUUUUACUAAUCCAGAAAACAAAUUGAGGAGGAUGUAGGAAGGAUACAAGGAUAAUGUCCUUCUAAUAAAGCAAUUUGUAUAGUUUCCUUACAUGUAUCUGCAUGUUCCAGAAAAUGUACAUUGGUUCUGAAUGUGAAAACAAAGAAAGGUAGGAACACUCAAAUAUGUGUUUCCGUGGGAAUUAACACAAAAUUUGACAAGUGUUUUUGUUUAAAAUAUUUUCAAAUUUAGCUUCUAAAGCCAAAUGAAAUAUCUGAUAGGCUGAAGCUAUUUAUUGUCCAUUCUCUGUAAACCUCUCUUUUCAAAGUCAUUUAAAGUGGAAAUAUAUUUUAAUAAACUUUUUGUUUCUUUUUUCAUAUUUUUGGAAAUGAAUAUUUCAUUGGAGGUAGUUCCUAAAAUUUGAGAUUCCUUAUAUUUCUAUACAACUUUUAAUUAUUUAUGUUGAACUUAUUACCAGUGAAGUACAGGUAAUUAUAUUAAUUAUUCAGAUUGCUUUACACAUUACUUUCUUUCUCAAGCUACUCCCUAAAGUUACAAUCAACGUUAGUUGAUUGUCUAGACCAGUUAACUCUAAAAAUUGCGUAACAUUCCCACAUAUACCCCAGAAGUCUUUUCAGACUAGGAUAUUCCUAAAUAUUCAUACCUUUUACUGUCAGUUUGCUCUUCAGUAGAUAUAAUUGCAUUUUAACUUUUAGAUUCUGAACUUUGCAAACUUUAGCCAAAACUACCUUGCAUGACCAUUCCUAAAUAUAGUCCCUGAUUAAAUAAAUCUGGCAAAUUACAGUUGAGUUCAUUACACAAAUGUUACUAUUAAAAGAAGGCCUUUUUACAGAUUGCUAGAUUAAACUAACAGAAGAAAGUGUUCUCUAGUGCACCUAAACAUUACUUUCCUUUAAUCACAUCUUAGUUUGUGUCUGACUUAUUUUAUCCCUUGGAUAUGUGACUCACAAUCUUCUGUGUCAGGAAAGUUUUUUUUCCUAUCUAUUCUGCUUCUCUCCUGUUUUCAUUUUAUACCCAUUUCUCUUAUCCAAUAGAAAAAAAGCCAGAGGCUAUCCUCUUCAACAUUGUUAUUCUUCCAUAUGCUUCAGGCUUCUCAGUCCUUGAGUCUCAGUUCUUCAGACAAAAAAAUUGUUUCAGUUCCUUUAGCAUUUUAUCCUCAGUCCUAUUUUAAUAACUUUAUAUUUAAAAACACUAAAAUUAUAUUUCAUUUAUAUUCAAGUUUAUUACUCCAGUUACUAGUUCAAUAAGAUAGAACUGAGAAUUAGGAUGUUAUCAUUUGACAAUGGAGCCAUCAAAUUGUCAGCAAAUCACUUAAUUUUUGUAUCAUCUAACAUUUUCUGUUAAAUUGUUGAGUUUUAGAUUUUAUAUUCUAAUUAGUUAUAACUAAAAAGCCAUGUAUACAGAAUUGUAUAUCAUUUAAUCUAUAUUGCAUCAAGCGUAGCAUUAUGAUUGAGUCACAUAAAACAUGUGUUUUACAUAUUUAUUUGUAUCAAAUAUUAAACACAAAGUUAACUUUCAAAAGCAAAUCCUACAAUGAUCAGGUAUUAUCUAUGAACAUUUUUGCAGACCACUUUUGAAAUACUUAUUGUUUUGAACAUAGACUAGACCAUAACAGCUUUCAUUUAACUCUUAAGUGAGUGGUUAAAGUUGAGUGUUUGUGAAUAUAAAGUAAAAUUUAGGAUUUUAUCUCAUGGCUGAUGCAUUUGAAAGUAAAUAUGUAAGAAGAAUUUAUGCUGUGUAUUAAAAUUAUGCCCCAAAAUAAAUCUAUCAUAUCUUAAAAAUUCCAAUUCUGUUAUUACUUGAUGUUUGUAGUGUUGUUAUUAAACAUAUGAUAGUCAUUUCUUAAACUUCAUUUGAAACCCAGAUUUUAAAAGCUGGGUAAGAGAGGAGGAAUCUUUAGAAACAAAUCAUAUCAUUAGAGUGUCCAGUUUAUGAUUGAAUUUUAAAGCAAAUAACUUUUAAAUUACACCAUGGUUUUUUGUUGUUUUAAAAGGUAAAAUGUUUUAUUUUUAUGUUAUGUGUACUUUAAGAUUUCAGAAACAUCUUCCUGUUUAGACUCUCUCUAAAGACAUAAUAUUACUUAAAAACUCAGGGCCCCUUUCAUCCCUUUGCACAUUGUAAAACUUCAAUUGGUAGUAAACAAGCAAUUAAAUCCAGUUGACUAUUUAAAAGUGUUGGUUGCACACAGUUCAUUUAAUGUUUCAUAUUAUAAUUUUAGUUGAUUUACAUGGACACAAUAUUAUUAAACAGAAAAACAUGCCCAGUUCUAUAAUUACUGAAGAGAGAUGGAAACGAUUCAACUACUUGGCUACAUGUAACAGCAUAUUUAGGUCUUAGAAUUGAAGCACCAUCCUCAAAUCAUUUAUGCUCUUUGGUCAAAUGGUUGUACAUGAUGGGACAAAUUAUUUUAUUUUAUUUUAUUUUUUAAUGGAAGAACUUAGUAAGGUAGUUCCUCUCAGAUAAUGUUUUCUUAGGAGGUAAUUUAACUUUAUAAAACUCUUCUAAAAGUGAAUUUUUGAGUUAUGGCUUUAAUAACAGGUUAGGUGAUUUUGAGAAGGUAACUUAUGGUAACCUAUUUAUCCCAUUGUUAGAUCCAAAUGACACUUUUCUUUAAAAGGUAAGUUUAGUUCCCAAAUUGAUAUGGUAUACACUUAAAAUCCUAGCAGUAAAGUUAUUUGUAAUGAGACUCUUCUCUCAGGCUCUCCACCUUAUUACCAAAUCCUUGUAAGUGUGGUAGGGAAACACAUUUUUAAAGAAUUUUAACAAUAAGAGAAAUCUAAAUUACUAAAAGGUGCAAUUCAAAGAUAGGUCCUAGUUUAACAUUGAAUUGCUUGGCUUUUGUGGCUUCUCUUUUUCUGGUCACAUUUAUUUAUUUAAACAGUUUUUGUAUACCUUGUUGUCAUGGAGAUUAUAUUGUAUAAGUGUUCGUAUAAGCUGGAAUCAUCCUUAAUUUUCUGUUGAUAGUUUUCAAAUGAAGAUAAGUGAAUAAUUGUAAAAUACACUAACUUCGGGUGUUGUAGCUGAACACGGAGAUGUGUAGCUGCCAUGCUUUUCUGAAUAGACAUGAGAGGUAAGCUACAGAGUAUUCAUUUCUGAGGAUGCUUUUCUGGAAUAAGAAAGGCUGAAAAAUAUUGUCAAUUCCUCAGAACCCUCUUUCUUAUUAACGGGUAUCUUUCGUUGGUGUGUUUUGCUCUUAUAUUACAGAUAAAAUAUCAUAUAUGAAUUUAUGAAUAAUUUCAGUUAUUUUGCUUUUGUAUAAGCUGUCUGAGACCUUGCUAUGCUGUAUAAGUUGUGUUUGAUGGAUCAGUGUAUAAAAUAAAUCAAAUCACUUUUCUUUUGUAUUAACUAUGGAUGCCACUAUGAAAGCUGACAUUAAGCCACUAAAGAGUUUUCUAUGAAUAAUUGUAAGUAAUGCUUUGAUAUAUAUAAACCUAAACAAAAAGAUUGUAUUGAUAUAGAGACAUUGAAGAAGGAGAUUUUAAGACAGUUCUUUAGGUUUAAAAAAGGCUUGCUGUAAAUGGUGCAUUAUUCCAUUUAUUAAAGAUCAUAUUAAUGACAACA